AUGAGAAAGAUUAAAAAAAUUACUUUGAUAUUUUUCAUUAUUUUCACAACGCAAAUAGUACAAUCAGCUAGUCAAGACUACGCUUACAAUUCCGAUGACACAUAUAGCAGCGAUUACAAUUAUGGUGGAUAUGCUUCCAAUGAUUAUUACAAUUAUGAUUAUGGAGCAUCUAACACGUCUACAGUCAUUUCAACUACAACAAGUACCACAAAGUCGGGAGUAAAUUCAGCAACAACCACGAGUAAAGUUGGAAUGCCAAUUGUUGGAUUUCCACUUGUACCUGUAAUUGCUACAGAAAGUACAAAAAUUUCUACUACAACGGCUUCGACUUCUUCAACAACAACCUUAACAUCGACGUCAACAGCCUCAACAACCACGACAACAAAACCAACAACGAGAGCCUCAACAACCACAAAAACAAUUCCUACGACAACUAAAUUAAUUUCAACGUCCACAUCAACAGCAUUUAAAACAGUUUCAAGCACAUCCAAACCCAUUGUCACGGUGAGUACGAAAACGACAGUAAAGUCACAAAAUAUUCAAAGUUCCACUGCUUCUCCAAAUAAACCGACUUUUCGACCAGCUUCUACCUUUAAAACCAACACAACCACAAAGAAAUCUGGCAGUUAUGUAAGGACAACCAAAGGCAAAGCCAACGAAGAAAAAUUGACAAAAACCAAAAAGAAAAAUAAUAAAAAGAAGAAGAAUAAAAUUAAGAAGCGAUUGGAAAAUGGAAAAGCUCAAAAAGUGAAUGCAAGGAAGAAUAAGAAGAAGACAACAACAACAAAAAAGUCCCAAAAGAAAAAAAAUUAAAAAGUGAAGGCAAAAGUUUAAAGACAUGGAUGAGAACAAAACUUUUUGGUCACGAAAAUAAAUAAUUAAUAAUUUUGGCCCUUUAGAACACCAAUGUGCUUAUUUUGUAGCCUUAAAAUCGAU